AUGGCUGACUCCCGAUGCGAAGAACAGAACACCAAAUUCUUCUCCGCUCUCGGGGAUCCCGGCAAGGCGUCUAUCACGGCGAAGCGCAACCCGAAGCAGAUCCAGGAGACGAUCAUCGGCACCAACGAAACGGACCAGUUUUUCGGCGUUUCAGGCGAGAUGAUUCCCCCGGCACCGAAGCCCAAAGUGGCGGCUCGAGAAGCGAGUAAAUCAUUCGGGUUCACCAGCGAUUUUCAAUCAAUCGACCAGGAAGUCAUGCUACGGCAGGAAGACGAUUUGUUGAAUCCGUUCCUGUUCCGGUGCAACCAGUGCCCCCUGCGAUUCAACACUGCGCAAUUCCUGCGGAAACACAAGGCGAAGGUUCACGGUGAACCGCUUCCUUACAAGUGCCACCGUUGCAAUUUCUCUUCCGCGGACUAUGCCUAUUACCGCCGUCACCUGAUGAUGCAUUCGGAAGUGAAACCUUUCGGAUGUACGUUCUGCUCGUACGCUUCGGCCUACAAACAUAAUCUCAAAUCUCAUAUCAAGAAUAUGCACGGCGAAUAUCUCAUCAAGUGUCCACAAUGUUUUGAAAAGUUCAUCACGACCGAGGAACUCGACCGGCAUAUACGCUAUCAACACUUCAUGACCAAGUAGAUACUGUGAAUCAUUCCCGACAGAAGCUGAGGAACUCGUCGGGGACGAUGCAUGCCUACAUGGUCUUUGAUGUGGGCAUCAUUUCUUUUGUAAAUUA